GACUGCACGAUACAGCAGCUGCUGGUCGAGGAUGAUACUCCGAAGAUGGACACUUGGCCCCGGAUACUUCUCGCGAUGGAGCGUUCUGGCAGCAUCGUGCUGCGUGAACCUCUUCACGUUGUACAGCUACGCCUACGGCCUGUUUAGCGACACCCUCAAGAACUCCUUGGGAUUCUCUCAGAGUGCGGUGGACGUCAUCGCUAGCGUUGGAGAGGCGGGGCUCUGGAGCACAUUUCUGGUUGCUCUCCGAAGACGCGAAAGGCGCACCUGUCUGCCCGCAACACCAACUCAAUGUUGAAGCGCUACACCACGUGCCCGUUUCGUGGGGCUCGGCCGCAGUCUGCGAUAGUUCUUGGUGCGCAAGGCCGCUCGUCGACCGCUCUCGUCCGGGGUGUACAUUACAGCAGGAGCCCAUGUUCAAGGUUGAUAAGUCCCCGUCACACCUUGUCGACCCGGAAGUUUCCAAGAUUCUUCUCCGGGAUGUCUCUCGCACCCCCAUCAGAACCAAAUGGCUGGUGAACGGGAGGGCGUCACUCUUUAACGAGCAGGAUGAAAGAACAGAUGUCGGGUUGCGUGUGUUUCCGUCCUCAUCUACAUUCGCACGGGAUUAUAUUCCGGGCGCCGGUCUCUAUACGCCCAUCGUUGCCAGAUGUGAUGCUCUUGGUUUGACGCACUUUGGUACCCGAAUUGCCGGGGGUUACACGGCAGGACGAAGGCGAACACAAACUUGUAGACUACGCCGCUUGCUGUACAUCCUACCUUUGUCUUAUUUUCCACGAUUGAUUCCUCUUGUUUCUGUUGUUUUCUUUCCCUCGUUGUCUUCACGUGGCACACAUCUGGUGUGCGUAUGUUCAGGGUGUC